GCUGACCCGGGCAGCCCCCGGCACGGGGGGGAGCUGGCUGACCCGGGCAGCCCCCGGCACGGAGGGGAGCUGGCUGACCCCGGCAGCCCCCGGCACGGGGGGGAGCUGGCUGACCCCGGCAGCCCCCGGCACGGGGGGGAGCUGGUGGCCGAGGUGCUGCGGGCGCACGGGGUGCGGUUCCUGUUCGCUCUGCCGGGGGGUCACAUCUCCCCCGUGCUGGUGGCCUGUGAGAAGCUCGGGAUCCGCGUGGUGGACACCAGGCACGAGGCCACCGCCGUCUUCGCCGCCGACGCCGUGUCCCGGCUCUCCGGUGUCAUCGGCGUCGCCGCCGUCACCGCCGGCCCCGGGGUCACCAACGCGGUGACGGCCGUGAAGAACGCCCAGAUGGCAGAGUCCCCCCUGCUGCUGCUGGGGGGGGCGGCAGCCUCGCUGCAGAAGGGCCGGGGGGCUCUGCAGGACAUCGAGCAGCUGUCCCUGUUCCGCACCCUGUGCAAGCUCUCGGUGUCCGUGGGGGCCGUCAGGGACAUCGUGCCCACCCUGCGCGGGGCCAUCGCCACGGCCCAGAGCGGCACCCCCGGCCCCGUGUUCGUGGAGCUCCCCAUCGACGUCCUCUACCCCUUCCACGUGGUGCAGAAGGAGCUGGGGGGGGCCCGGAGCCCCCGCGGGCUGAGGGGGAAGGUCCUGAACUGGUACCUACAGAACUACCUGCACAAUCUGUUUGCGGGGGCCUGGGAGCCCCGGGCCGUCACCCCCCUGCCCAUCACCGUCCCCCUGCCCACCCAGGACCAGGUCCAGCGCUGUGCUGAGCUCUUAAGCCGGGCCUCCAGGCCCCUGGUGCUGCUGGGCAGUCAGGCCUUGCUGCCCCCGACCCCGGCCGAGGAGCUGCGCUCGGCACUGGAGGCCCUGGGCACCCCCUGUUACCUGGGGGGGGCUGCCCGGGGGCUGCUGCCCCCCGAGAGCCCCCUGGUUCUGCGGCACCGGCGGCGCGAGGCCCUGCGGGACGCUGACCUGGUGCUGCUCGCAGGCACGGUGUGCGAUUUCCGCCUCUCCUACGGGCGCCUCUUCGGCCGCGGCGCCGCCGUCGUGGCCGUGAAUCGAGAGCGGGAGCAGCUGCUGCGGAAUGCGGGAGUGUUCUGGAACCCAAAACUGGCUGUGCAGGGUGACCCCGCCUCGUUCGUGCUGGCCCUGGCUCGGAAGCUCCAGGGAUUUUCCUGCCCCCGGGAAUGGCUGGAAACGCUCCGGGAGAGGGAGAGGGAGAAGGAGGAGGAGAACAG